UUCAGCGGAGCUGGGGGGCACCAAACCCCAAUAUUUUCUCACUCUUUCCUUUCUCAGCUCUGCUCGACUCUCUUUUCCUUCGCUCCCCCUUUUGUGCAGCUCCCCACGUGUCGAAUAAAUUAGCAAACCCAAAUUGGAGGAAAAAGGAGGAGGAGAGGGAGACGAGAGGAGAGAGGGAGGGAUUUGAGCCUGGUGUCGGUGUACGGUUUCAUUCGGAGGUGCCACUACUGCGGUGUCCUCUGAGCGUGCGAGCUCUGUUCUAUUGGAUGCUGAGAGAGCAAGAGAGAUACCGUUAGAGAUAGAUAGAGAGAGGGAAACAUACGUUCCCCAUGCCAAUAAAGCCCUUAAAUAUAAUUCAAAUGAAAUUGAAUUGAGAGAAAGAGCAAAGAGAGAGAGAAGAGCCGACUGCGGGGUACAGAAGCGUUGUUCUCACCACUAAACUAACAGACUGAACCGAAGAGAGGAGGGGAACCAUAUUCUGACUGAGAAAACCAGCUCACCUCACCUGCCACUGGAGAAGAAGAACGGAAUGCUAUCGCUUUCUGGGGGUGUAACCUAAUCCGCAGCGCUAAAGGGAUAUCGCCUAAUCACUGAAAACGGAAAUAUUUCGUUUCUUUCUCCAUGGUGGAUAUUAUGUAGAGCGGAGAAAGCAGAGAGCAGCAGUUUUAGGCUUAUUUUUGAUUUUUUUUCUGUGGAUUGUGUGUCUGUGUGUUUGGGUCGUCAGGGGAAUAGGCGAGCAGUGUGCUGCAUACUGAUCUGGUUUUGGAUAAAGGAAUACCGGGAUAUAACGGGACCGGAGCGCACGGCCAGAACAGCAAAGCUUCAGCGGGUUCAGAUGCAUGUGUAGGAGUCCCCAGCCAUGACAAUAACGUGUGAAGGUGGGCCCAGGGCCAGCAGUCUGUGUGUGUGUUCAGGCCUAUGGAGGCCACGGUCUCUCCUCCUGCUCUACACGGUCCUGGAGCUGGUUAUGGUCCACUCCACCCCGGUCCUAGGAGCUCUGGAGCUCCAGCUGGAUGAGGAGCAGCCGGCAGGGACCAUCGUAGGGGACAUCAGUGCUGGGCUACCCCCCGGCAUCACCGCCUCGCUGUACUUCAUCUCCGACCACGAAGGGACAGGUGUGGGCAGCGACCUCAACAUCGACGAGACCUCCGGGAUCAUCACCACGGCACGCCGCCUCGACCGCGAGCAGAGGGACCACUACAGCUUCAUCGCCGUCACCAUGACCGGGGUCACAGUCGAGGUGUCCGUCACGGUCAACGACAUCAACGACCACGCGCCGGCAUUCCUCAAGCCAAAGGCAUUGCUGAAGAUCCCGGAGCAAACGGCGGUGGGAACACGGGUUUCCCUGGAGCCGGCGUCAGACGCGGACCGCGAUCAGCUGACCACCCAAGGAUAUGUGAUUAAGGAAGGCAAUGUGGGGCAAGCCUUCAGGCUGGAGACCAAAAGAGCUGCUAACAAGGUGUUGUACCUGGACCUGGUGGUGAACGGUGUUCUGGACAGGGAGAAGAGGUCCUCGUACAGCCUGGUUCUGGAGGCCUUCGACGGGGGGAGUCCCAGACGCACUGGCCUGAUGACCCUGGAGGUGUUUGUCACCGACAUCAAUGACCACGCCCCCGUCUUCAACCAGAGCAGAUACCACGCUAUCAUCUCAGAGAGUUUACCACAGGGAAGCAACAUACUGCAGGUGUUUGCGUCCGACGCUGACGAGGGAGACAACGGUCUGGUCCUGUACGAGAUCAACCGUCGCCAGAGCGACCCUGACCGCUACUUCGUCAUGGAUACGAGGUCGGGGGUCAUCACUCUGAACCGACCGCUGGACUACGAGCUGAAGAGAGUCCAUGAGCUGGUGGUACAGGCCAGAGACAACGCCAGCCACCCUGAGGUGACCAAUGCCUUCGUCACCAUCCACGUCCGAGACUACAACGACAACCAACCCACCAUGACCAUUAUCUUCCUCAGCGAAGACGGCUCGCCGCGCAUCUCAGAGGGCGCCCAGCCCGGCCAGUACGUGGCACGCAUCUCGGUCACCGACCCAGACUAUGGAGAAUACGCCAAUGUUAACGUUUCGCUAGAGGGAGGGGACGGGAAGUUCGCCCUGACCACCAAGGACAGUAUUAUCUAUCUGAUCUGUGUGGACCAGGUGUUGGACCGCGAGGAGAGGGACACGUACGAGCUGAGAGUCAUGGCAACAGAUGCAGGCACCCCUCCUCUCAGGGCUGAGUCGUCCUUUACUAUCCAGGUCACUGACGUGAAUGAUAAUCCUCCACUCUUCGACCAGCAGGCUUACAAACAGACCAUCCCAGAGGUCGUCUACCCAGGAUCCUUUGUGCUCCAGGUUACGGCCCGGGACAAGGAUCAGGGGCCCAAUGGGGACAUCCGAUACAGCCUCCUCAAAGACAAAAAGAGCCACUCCGAUUGGUUCUCCAUCGACCCAGUGACGGGGAUCAUCACCACGGCGAUGGCACUGGAUUAUGAGUCGGAGCCAGCGCCCAGCGUGACGGUGGUUGCCACGGACAACGGGCGGCCUCCAAUGUCGUCGACGGCGAGGGUUGCCGUGGUGCUGCAGGAUGUAAACGAUAACGAGCCGGUGUUCUCUAGUAACUUCUACAACGUCACCAUCAAGGAGAAUACGGCAGUCGGGACCUGCUUCUUAGAGGUGACAGCAACAGAUGCUGACCGUGGUUCGUUCGGAGCGAUAUCGUACUCCUUAGGGUCUAGUUCUAGCAGCAUGGUACCGGCCCAGUUUACUGUCAACAAGGAGACUGGUCAGCUGUGUUCCAGCACCACACUGGAUCGAGAGCAGGGGUCAGGCAACUACGACCUCAUCGUGACCGCUACUGAUGGGGGUGGUCAGAGUGCAGUGACCCGUGUGCGUGUGUAUCUGGAAGACGUUAAUGACAACCGUCCAUCCUUCUAUCCGGUGCUCUACACCGUGAGCCUCAGCACCCAGAGCGCCCCCGGAACCUCCGUCACCAAGGUGACGGCCAGUGACCCCGACGCUGGUGACAACGGCAGGGUGACCUAUCGCACGGUGCCGGGAGGAGGCUCCACCUUCUUCACCCUCAACAAGGACACAGGUGUGAUCUCUCUCGCGCGGUCGCUUCACGGUAAGGCCAACACCCUGGUCUCCAUGGUGAUCUCGGCGCAGGAUGGCGGUGGUCUGACGGCGCUGUUGAACGCCCGUGUCAACGUGAGCGUGGUCGGGGGCUCUGUGGCGCUCCCUCUGUUUGAACAGGCUCAGUACUACUUCACUGUGUCUGAGGAGGUCCUCAGGGGCACCGAGGUGGGCAAGGUCCACGCUGCCACCAAGACCGGUCCUUCCCAGGACAUCUCCUAUUCCAUCUCAUCCGGUGACCCAGAUGGUUAUUUCACCAUGGACUCUACCUCCGGGGCGCUCCGUUCCUCUGUCCCUCUGGACCACGAGGCCUGUCCCAGUCUCGACCUGGAAGUCCUGGCUCGCUACGGCUCGCCGCCCGCCUACGGAACCACACGCGUACGCAUCACCAUCUCAGACGUCAAUGACAACGCUCCCUCCUUCCUUCCCUCCUCCUCCGAAUCCCUCCUUCUCCCGGAGGUGACUAAAAUGGGAACGGUGGUGUACCGGGUUCAGGCCACUGACAGGGACUCAGGUCCAAACGGUCAGCUGAGUUUUGACCUGGUCUCGAUCGGCACGGGGGGCAGUAGCGGUCAAAGGAUGUUUGGCGUGGACCGGGGAAGCGGGGAGCUGAAGCUGAUUGGUGGACUGAACUACGAAAGUGUUCCGCGCUACGACCUACAGGUGGUAGCUAAAGAUGGUGGAGCCCCCCAGCUCAGCUCUACCUUCACGUUAGUUGUGCAUGUCCAGGCUCAGGAUGCGCAGGGCCCCGCUUUCGACACGCUAACGUACCGCGUGGAGCUACAGGAGAACACGCCUCUAAACACACGCGUCCUACAGGUCCGCGCCCUUAACAGAGAGGCUGCUGGGAACGGCGGUGGCUCCUCCUCUUCCUCGGUGUCGUACAGACUGCAUCCGGACGGUGACGCGGCAGGGUUCGGGGUCGCCCCAGAUAGUGGGUGGUUGUUCGUUCGUAGCUCUCUGGACCGGGAGGCUAAGGACAUAUAUCUACUGACGGUGGUGGCAACCUCUGGACCCGGAGGGCAGGGCGCGGCUGUGGCGGGCAGGACUGGCAGUGCCACGGUGAGGGUCUCUGUGACAGAUGAGAACGACAACAGUCCCCGUCUGAGUCAGGAGAGGGUGUUUCUGGCUGUGAGAGAGAACCUUCCGGCGGGCACGGGGUUCGGCCGCGUGUCGGCUACCGACAGAGACGCAGGACUGAAUGCCAGACUGACCUUCAGACUCCUGCACACUGACAGACACUUCCAGAUCAACUCACACACAGGUGAGAUCAGUACUAGGUUAUCUCUCGACAGAGAGCAGCAGUCUAGCUACCAGCUGGUGGUUGUGGUACAAGACGGAGGCACGCCCGCUCGCAGCGCUACGGGUACUGCCCACAUCACUCUAUUGGAUGAGAACGACAACGCCCCUGUCUUUAACCACGCCCACCCCGACAGGGAACUGCUAAUACAGGUGAUGGAGGAUUCCCAGCCUGGCUCAGUCUUGGGGACAGUAACAGCUAAAGAUCCUGAUGAGGGAGAGAACGGAACACUCCAUUACUCACUGUCAGGUUCCAGAGUGGAGUGUUUCACAUUGAACCCCACCACAGGAGAACUACGUUGCUCGUCCUCUCUGAGACACGGUGAGAGGGCUGAGUACAACCUGACAGUGUCAGCUUCUGACCACGGCACACCUCCACACACCUCUACCUGUCCCCUACGCAUUCAGGUCCUGAGUUCCAGUAAGUCUUCUGCCAAGAACACUCUGUCCAUGACUCUCAACUCAGUGGAGGGCGUCGCCCCAGGCUCUGUCAUUGGCUCUGUCCGGUCACAUGACCAGCGUGACACGCUGUCGUUGGACGGCCAGGUGACGUACGUGGUGGUGGGCGGGACGGACCGGAAGGGGACGUUCAUGGUUGACCGGGUUACGGGAGACGUGUACCUGGUCAGAGUACUGGACUAUGAGGAAGGGGACAGGUACACUCUGCAUGUGGAGGUAUCAGAUUUCACGCUGGCGUACCCCAGCAGUCACAGAGUACAGCUGGACAUUAAUGUCCAAGACAGCAAUGACCACGCCCCCCAGUUCACCGAGGACCCCGUUACCAUAGUGAUACCAGAGAACACCCAGCCGGGAGCCUCCAUCUACACCUUCCAGGCUGCUGAUAAGGACGGCAGUGGUCCCAACAGCGAGCUGCGUUACUCAAUCCAGCACCGCUGGCCUGACUCCCUUCACCUCCUGACCCUUGACCCUUCCACUGGGGUCCUGACCUUGGGUCAGAAGUUAGAUCACGAGACCACGUCCUCCCUCUACCUGGUUGUCAGAGCGACCGACCAGGCGGAGGACGUGUCCACGCGGCGCUGGGGGUCGUUGACGGCCCGGGUGUUUGUGACGGAUGAGAAUGACAACGUUCCCGUGUUCAGCUCGUCCUCCGCCGUCAGUGUUAUGGAGGACCAGCCGGUCGGGUUCGUGGUUGUGUAUGUAAUGGCUCGUGACGAGGAUGAGGGAGAGAACGGACGAGUGUCCUACAGCAUCCAAUUAGGGAACGGCGCUGGACGCUUCAGCCUCAACCCCAACACCGGCUCUCUGUCCAUUCUGAAGGCUCUAGAUCGUGAGGACCAGGAAGUGUUUAACCUGACCAUCAUAGCUGAGGAUCAUGGGAUGCCCCAGCUGUCCACCAGUCAGGUUCUGUCUGUCCACGUGAUUGAUGUGAACGAUGAGCCGCCGUUGUUCCAGUGGGAAGAGCUAGAGGCGGAGGUCAGAGAGAACCAGGAAGCGGGAACCACGGUGAUCACCGUCACGGCAACGGACAGAGACCAAGGUUCUAAUGGCCAGGUGACAUAUGGUGGUGUAACAGAGGAAGGCUUCAGCAUCAACCCUGUGACAGGAGUCAUCAGCACUACCAAGACCCUGGACAGAGAGACCCAGGACCACUACACACUCACAGUGUAUGCCAGGGACGGGGGCCUGCCUCCUAACUUUGCCAAGGUGGUGGUGCGUGUGGUGGUGCAGGAUGAGAACGACAACGUGCCGGUAUUCGCCAGGCCCUGGUACGGCCUAGAGGUCCCUGAGAGCCAGAGCGCCGUGGAGCUGUGUAUUGUCAGGGCUGCUGACGCAGACACUGGCCCCGCUGGAGACAUAGAGUACAGGAUCACUGCUGGAGACCCAGACGGGGUCUUCCAACUCCAUGUCAGUUCAGGGGCCCUGUCCACGUCUCGUCCCCUGGAUCGGGAGCUGCGGGCAGGGUACAACCUGGAGGUGGUGGCCCUGGACCAUGGUUCUCCUGCUCUGAGCAGCACAGCCACAGUGGAGGUGAAAGUGUUGGAUGUAAAUGACAACAGUCCGGCCUUCAGCAGCAGCAGCUACACCAUAGACGUCUCAGAGGACGCUGCCCAGGGAACUACAGUCUUAGAGGUGACGGCCACAGACGCAGACGAGGGGGAGAACGGGAAGGUGCUGUAUUUCCUGAGUCAAGAGGCUCGGGGCGCUUUCACCGUUGAUGAAAACACUGGCUGUAUUACAACGGCGUCGCCGGUGGACCGAGAGAAGAGGGCGUCGUACAGCUUCCGUGUGUUCGCUGUGGACCUGUCACCUGCAGAGCCCAGAAACACCUCGGCUCAGGUAACCGUGACGAUCCUGGACAUAAACGACAACGCUCCAUUCUUCAUCCAAGACCCCCUCGUUGUCGAGGUCUCGGCCAGCCAAUCACAUCGGGUCCUGGCCACCAUGCGGGCCGAGGACAAGGACUUUGGCGCCAACGGCUCUGUGUUCUACCGUUUUGCCGGGCCAGUGACGGGUUUCAGCAUCAACUCCCUAACAGGGGAGAUCCAGGGGACAGAGGGGAUAGACAGGCUGAGUCAGGCCCAGAGGACCCUCAUGGUGGAGGCUAUGGACCAGGGAACCCCGGCCCAGUCCAGCCUGGGGGUGGUGGUGGUCUAUGUGAAGGAACAGGUGUAUACAGGCAUCAGGUUCUCAAGGAACGCCAGAGACGUCAGCAUACAGGAGAACGCCGCCAAAGGUACGGCUGUAGCUCAGGAUCAGGCCCAGUACCCUGAUGGAACCAGAAGAGGGAUCAGCUAUAGUCUCUUCUCUGGAAACAGACUGCAGGCCUUCAGCAUCGGCACUAGCACAGGUGAAAUCUGGGUUCAGAGGUCGUUGGGUCUGGACUUUGAGGACACCCCGCGACUCCGCCUGGUAGUGAAGGCUGAGACGGCUUCGUCCAGCUCCUUCAUGGCCGUCAACCUGAUCCUGCAGGACAUAAAUGACAACCUGCCACGCUUCCAGCUCCAGAACUAUAUAGCCUAUAUGAGAGAGGCCCAGGGUUACGACAUGCCAAUCAUACAGGUGGUGGCAGAGGACGUGGACCAGGGGCAGAACGGUCAGGUGACCUACUCUAUCCAAUCAUCAGGAGGCAUGAGCGGCCUGUUCAAGAUCGACCCUGUCACGGGAAGCAUCACCACCGCCGCCAUCAUGGACAGAGAGAUCUGGACUCAGACCAGGCUGGUCGUCACAGCGACGGACAGGGGCAGCCCGCGAUUGGCCGGUUCGGCCACACUCACAGUCAUCAUCGUAGACCUCAACGACAACAGUCCAACAAUCCCUCUGCCCCGGGAGGUCCGCAUUCCUGAGAACACUCUGAUCGGCACAGAGAUCACCUUGGUAACGGGUAAUGACGUGGACUCCAGCCCGGCCCUGUCCUACAGCCUCCAGCUGGACGGGUCGUCCCAGGGGAAGUUUGGGAUUCACCGCUACAGUGGAGGGGUAUCUCUGACCGCCCCUCUGGACUACGAGGACAGGACCUGGUACACACUGACCGUCAGGGCUACUGACUCCCAACACCAGACUGAGGCUAAUAUCACCAUAUUGGUGGAGGACGUCAAUGACAAUGCUCCUGCGUUCACACACGAUCUAUACCAGGUAACGCUGCCAGAACAUUCCCCGCCAGGCAGUCCCGUUGUCACGGUGACGGCGACUGAUCGUGAUUCGGGGGAGAAUGGAAAGGUCACCUACAGAGUGAUGUCGUCAACGCGAGGUGGCUUCUACGUAGACCCCAGCAACGGUACCUUGUUCAUCAGGGAGAGGUCAGAGUUUGAUCCAGAGAACCCGUCUGUCAGUGUGGUCAUCGAAGCCUGUGACGGGGGAUCCCCGCCCCUCUCCUCCGUCACCACAGUACAGGUCCAGCUAUCAGACGUCAACGACAACGCUCCCGUCUUCCACCAAUCAGAGUACAGGGCGACAGUGUUGGAGGACUCCAUCCCCGGGGCGACCAUCCUGACCCUGGAGGCCAUGGACGCUGAUUUCUCUCGGGACAACUGCGGCUUCGACUUCGCCAUCGCCAAUGGCAACACCGGGAACGUCUUCCAGAUCGAGAGCAGCGUGCGCUUCCUGGAGGGGCGGGGCUUCCAGACCGUAGGGACGCUCCUAUUGGCCGAGGUGCUGGACUUCGAGGCCGUGCCCCUCUAUAACCUGACGGUGGUGGUGUCGGACAGAGGGGUUCCACAGAGGAGUUCUAGCGUUGCCGCGGUGAUAACCGUUGGCGAUGUAAACGAUAACCCGCCGGCGUUUGGCAGGGCGGAGUACGCUGUGUCACUGAGUGAAGGAGCUGGCGCCGGGACGGAGAUAAUACGACUCACUGCCACAGACCCAGACUCUGCCCCCAACGCAGAGGUCCAGUAUAGUAUCAGCUCAGGCGAUGAGAUGGACCUGUUCACCAUCGACCAGUGGACCGGGGCGCUGCGGUUACAGCGACAGCUCGACCGCGAGCACCAGUCCUCCCACGUGGUCAUCGUCCAGGCCUCGGAUGGCCACGGUCACGUCGCCCUGACCCCGAUCAGCGUAGAGGUCAAAGAUGUGAAUGAUAACAGACCGUUCUUCCCCAUCGAGACUCUGACGGCUAGCAUCAGAGAGAACCAGCCGGUCAACUCAGCCGUGACCAUACUCCACGCCAUAGACCACGACACUGGGAUGUACGGCCAGCUGAGAUACUACAUGGUGGAGCAAGGUCAAGGGUCAGGAGUUACAGGGCGAGAGGCCUUCACCGUGGACCAGAGUUCAGGAGAGGUCAGGGCUAAGGUGACUUUUGACUUUGAGAAGGUCAACUCAUUUAAUUUUGUUGCUCUGGCGAUGGACGCCGGUAACCACUCGGCCACGGUGACGGUCCAGGUGUACGUGACUGGUGAGGAUGAGUACGACCCACUCUUCGUCUCCCCAGAGUUCUCGUUUGAGGUUCCAGAGGGGGCGAAGAGGGGCCAGAGCAUCGGACAGGUCCAGGCAAACGACGAGGACGGAGGUGUAGACGGUAUCGUCCUCUUCUCGCUCCCAAGCUCCUCCCUGUACUUUGACGUCAACAAAACAACCGGGGUGGUUUUCCUCAAGAUGGACGGGUCUUCUAGUCGCAGCAGCAGCAGCGGGUUAGGGGGGCGGUCCAAAAGGGAGACCAGGACCAUGACACUGGACGUUCACGCCCACAGCCCUCUGGACACGUCCCGGGUCACCACGGCCCAGCUGACCAUCGAUGUGACCAACACGUCCUUCGGCCUGGGGGCAGACCUCAACGUCCUGCUGAUUAUCAUCAUCGCCGUGUCCCUGGGGGUCGUCGUGCUACUGGUGGUCAUGGCGGUGGUCAUCUUCCUGCUCAAGUCAAAGAGACGCAGGAAGAACAAAGGACGGGACAACAGUGCCGUGGCCUCGGGAACCACUCUGCAGAAACUGGACGAUUCCAAAUCUGGAGGAUCUGAGAGGAUCUAUCAUCAGACGUUACCGGGGUACGCCGGUGACCAAGGUGGAGCAGGGGCCUAUCCCCGGGGGGGUUCCCUUGACCCCUCCCACUCCAGCGGCCGUGGCUCAGCCGAGGCGGCGGAGGACGAUGAGAUCAGGAUGAUCAAUGAGUACCCCCGCGUAGCGUCCAUCUCCUCGUCCAUGCAGGAGCACAUCUCAGCCCGCGGGCCGGACUCUGGCAUCCAGCAGGACGCUGACCAGCUGUCGGACAUCUCCUGUGAGCCGGCCGCCCUGGAAGGAAGCACCUGGUUCAAAGGCAAGAAGCUGGGAGGGAGUCUCAGCGGGACCAUGCUGUCUGGACAGCUACCUGUCUACAGAGACGAGCUGGGAGGAGGGUACCUGGGGGUGGGGAGGGGACUCAACAUCUCCCAUCCUAAAGAUUACGCCUUCCCAGAGGACGGGAAGCCCUCUGUAGACGGGUCCCUGACAGCCAUAGUGGCCAGUGACGAAGAGCUAAGGGGCAGUUAUAACUGGGACUACCUGCUCAACUGGUGCCCUCAGUUCCAACCACUAGCCAACGUCUUCACGGAGAUCGCCAGGCUCAAAGACGAGACAGCCCCACAGAACCAGACCAACCCACGCCAGCCCUUCCAGCCCAAAGCCAAGACGGACCCCAAGCCUCGCAUCGACCCACCGCCCCUCAUCACUGCCGUGGCCCACCCUGGGGCCAAGUCCGUCCCCCCGAAGGUCCCUGUCAUCGGACGCACCUUCCCCCACCUGGCCACCCUACGGCGGUCCCCCAUCAGCCACGAGGGCUCCAUCUCCUCAGCAGCCAUGUCCCCCAGCUUCUCCCCCUCUCUCCCCCUCGCCGCCCGCUCCCCCGCCGUCUCCCCCUUCGGAGUAACCCAGGGCCCCUCGACCUCCAUGAUCAGUACCAGGGAUCCCAUGCUGGACCACAGCCCCGAUCACGAGAUGAGGAUCUGAGGAUGACGUUGUUUUAGGUUUUUUAGAGACGUUUCUAUAAUUUAUGUUUUAUCAACGUAAAGGGUGCUGAGAUCUGGAUGUUAUAUCAGCUCCUAUGACACGUGAGAAAGUUGAAGGAAGUGUUUUUGGCUUUAGAGACAUGUUUCUCUGAUGUAGUUUUUUUAAUAAUCUGACAAUGUGAUUGGUUCUCAGAUCUGAACCUUAUUUCAGCUCCUAGGACAGAUGAGGAGAUGAAGUGUUUUCGGCUUUAGAGACAUGUUUCUCUGAUGUAGUUUCUCAGAUGAUUUUUAGGCCAUAUUUCUUCACAACAGAAGAGGAAUAUAGUGUGGGAACAGUUUGUAUUAGUGAAGACCGAGUGAUUGCCAAGAUGAGGCUCAAGAAGAUGAACACUAAUAUGAUGAGAUAGGUCACAUUCACCCUCUUUUCUGAAGGGACAUGUGGAUUAUCAUUUUCUACAGGAUGUUAUUUCUCACCCUAUGAGUCCUUAGACCUAGAUAUCCCGAUAUGUUUUGGUGGACCAUGUUGUGGGGUUGGGGAAGUUAGCAUUGACAACAGACCAGCCAUCUCCUCCCCUACUUGUACAUCAUGACGCAGGCCUCUGAGAAUUGCCACAGGGUUAGGAGAUUACCCAACCUCUUCGCUUCGAACAACCAUGACUUGGAUCUAACCCUGCAGCUGCAGACUGACCAUCCCUUCAGACAGAGGUCCUUAGUAGAGAUAAACUGACGUAUCGGCUGCAGACCGACCCUCCCUUCAGACAGAAGGCCCUCAGUGGAGAUAAACGGACCUAUCGGCUGCAGACUGACCCUCCCUU